CAGAGGGAAGAAAAAAACAGAAAAAAAGAUGGAGACUUUGGCCGUAGCGUUAGGUGGAGCUUGCCCUCGUGUUUCUUCCUCUCAAUCCCAUCCAUCGUCAUCUUCUUCUUCUUCCUUCUGCUCGCUAACCGCUAGAAAUGCCGGCAGUUUAUCUUAUGGGCCGUCGAAAACCACUCUCCACCGCCACUUAGCAGCAUUUCAGCCACCAUCCCAUCUGUUCUCAUGCAUCAAAUCAUCCCCUCAUUCUCCGAGGAACUCCCGGAAAGCCCACAUCUUUCUGCCUCACUUAGUUGCUUCACUGGAAGUGGAGCAGAGUUACAUUAUGAUAAAGCCAGAUGGUGUUCAACGUGGACUUGUUGGGGAGAUAAUUUCGAGGUUUGAGAAAAAGGGGUUUAAGCUGACAGGAUUGAAGCUGUUUCAAUGCCCCCAAGAGCUGGCUGAGGAACAUUAUAAGGAUCUGCAGUCUAAGCCAUUCUUCCCGAAGUUAAUUCAAUACAUUACUUCGGGUCCUGUCGUGUGUAUGGCAUGGGAAGGUGUUGGUGUGGUCGCAUCCGCUCGUAAACUAAUAGGAGCGACAAAUCCUCUUCAAGCUGAACCGGGCACCAUCAGAGGAGAUCUUGCUGUCCAAACUGGAAGGAAUGUUAUUCAUGGUAGUGAUAGUCCUGAGAACGGCAAGCGCGAAAUAGGUAACCUCUGCUGCAUACUUUGACUUUAUGGAUCUAUUCGUGUAUAGUGCUUGGAGAUCAAAUUUAUUCUGUCUCAAGCUUUCUGUGUUCAUUGACACACUUACAUUCACACUGUAUCACUUAUUGACUUAUGAUCAAAGGAGAAUUUGUAUUUAAAAUAAAGCUGAUCUAAAUUAGUAUGUUAUCAGUAGUUUCAGAUUGCAACCAGUGCCAUUCUGUCGCCAAGCUUUCUGUGUUCAUUGACACACUUACAUUUUCACUGUAUCAUUUAUUGACUUAUGGUCAAAGGAGAAUUUGCAUUCAUAAUAAAGCUGAUCUAAAUUAGCAUGCAUAUCAGUAGUUUUAGACAGUGUCAUUCUGUCGCCACACCCAUUUUAACUAAUAAUGAAAAGGAAUGAGAAAGAAAUCUAUCCUUUGGAAUGAAUAUAUGUGAGGAGAAACAACACACUCUAUACAGCAUUGUAUACUUGGCUCCUACGGGUUUGCUUGUGGUUGUACUUCCUCUUUGAAAGUUCAUUUAGCUUAAAUAACAUAUUAAAUUUGUUGUGUGACAACUAUUUUGGUAAAAGAACCUUAGUAUAGACUCGAUUUUCGAGCACACAUUAUCUAGAGAUAUACUUCAUUGAGAACCUUGUGAUCCCUCAAUGCUGAUGACUAAAUUAGUAAAUCCUAUAUUUGAUUCGAAAGAAUGAGGUUGAUUCUACCAUUAAGUUCUCAUGAAUCAUUCCUAGACAAGUAGAAUUUGUGAUAAACGGUUUAAGAGUGAUUGGGAUUCGUUUCCUUUGAAGUUUGAUCUGACUUUCUAACUCUCCUGUUCUACGGCUGGUUGCCUUGCUGCUACUUUAAAAGAUUCGCUGAACAUAAAAUAGAUGAUUUAUGGUUUGUAUUUUUUGAGGUUUUAAAACCAAGUACCUAUCUGUUCCUAAAGUCUUCGACUAACAUCAAGGGCCACCAAUUUUUAGUUUUUUUUUAAUGAAAGUCUUUGUAGCCUAUUGACAUAUGAAUUUCUUCACAUUGCAGAUCUCUGGUUUAAAGAAGGUGAGCUAUGUGAUUGGACCCCAGUCCAAGAGCCAUGGCUAAAGGAAUAAAUUUUCCGCCGCCUCAAGCCGUAUAAAUUCUAAGUGUUAGAGAGUUUGUCCCCGGCUACUGAUAGAAGACACUCAUCCAAUUUUCUACUACUACUAAUGUAGUGUGAUACCACAUAACUUGUCAUUUUAAUCCGGUACAUGGUUUCCAUCUGUAUGUGUUGAACAGGGAGAAACAAAAGGAUUGCAAGUUUUGCUUUUGGUAAUCUCUGCACCUUUGUGAGCUUUUUUCUCU